AUGGCCCCAACCAACACCGCCGCCUGGCUCAAGUCCGAAAAGGCCUACCCGUUGGAAAUCGACACAGCACCCUACACCCAUCCCGGUGAAAACGAACUCGUAAUCAGGAACCACAGCAUCGGUCUGAACCUUGUCGACUACGCCCGUCAAGACCUUGGCUCUGCCCUCUUCGCCUGGACCCCCUAUCCCGCCAUUCUGGGCAGCGACGUUGCAGGGGAAGUAGUUGAAGUCGGACCAGGCACCAUCUCCUCCCGAUUCAAGCCCGGAGACCGUGUCCUCGGCCUAACCGGUGAGCUAAAAAGCACCCGUUCCUGCCAAGGUGCUUUCCAGACCUACGUUGUGCUCAAAGCACAUAUGACAUCGCCCAUUCCAUCCAAUCUAUCCUACGCCGAUGCGGCCGGAAUCCCCCUCGGCAUCUCAACCGCCGCAUGUGGCCUCUUCCAGAAAGACUACCUCGCGCUGCAACAUCCCAUGGCCCCUCAGGCCCCAUCAACAGGCCAGACCGUCCUCAUCUGGAGCGGAUCAUCCAGUGUCGGCAGCAACGCUAUUCAGCUUGCCGUGGCAGCGGGGUAUGAAGUGAUUACGACUGCUUCGCCGCGGAAUUACGACUUUGUCAAGUCUCUGGGUGCGAGUCACGUCUUCGACUAUAACUCCGAGACGGUGGUUGAGGAUCUCAUUGCUACAUUUGCGGGGAAGUCUAGUGCUGGUGCAUUGGCUAUUGGAACGGGGUCUCCUGAAAAGUGUGGUGAGAUUGUGGCGAGGGUCGAGGGGAGGAAGUUUGUUGCGUUGGUGAGUCCGCCGUCUGGACCGUUGGCGGAUGGGGUCGAGUCGAAGUUCGUCUUUGGUGGUGACUUGGCUGAGAAUGAGGUUGGGCCUGCUAUCUUUGUGGAUUUCUUGCCUGCGGCGUUAAAAGAGGGGAGCUUUGUUAGUGCGCCGAAGGUUGAGGUGGUGAGUGAGGGAUUGGAGUCGGUGCAGGAGGCGUUGAAUGUUUUGAAGAAGGGCGUUUCGGCAAAGAAAUUGGUUGUUUCGCUGUAG